CCAUGGCCACCUUCAUUUUAAGGUCUAAUAAAGCAAUCCAUGCCUUGGGUUGGUUCUGUCUCCUGAUGUUGGUGCAUAAAGGUGCUGCCUAUGAAUUCAUAGUUGGGGGCCAAAAGGGUUGGAGUGUUCCAAGUGAUCCCAAUUUUAAUCCUUUCAAUCAAUGGGCAGAAAAGGGCCGUUUCCAAAUGGGAGACUCCCUAGUGUUCAACUACCAAUCUGGCCAAGACUCGGUGCUUUCUGUAAAGAGUGAAGACUAUGCCAGUUGCAACACAGGUUCACCUUAUGCAAAAUUCUCUGAUGGCCACACUGUCUUCAAACUAAACCAAUCAGGGCCUCACUUCUUCAUAAGUGGAAACAAAGAUAACUGUCUCAAAAAUGAGAAGUUAACAGUGAUUGUGCUAGCUGAUAGAAGCAACCGCAACUCAUCAAACACCAACCAAACAAGCCCCGCUUCUCCACCUUCACCACAGUCAUCAUCUCCUUCACCAGCACCUUCAGGGCAAGAAGGUCAAUCUCCACCUAUGGAGUCAAACCCAACACCAGCUCCUGUCAGUGAACCUCCUCCUCAUACUCCUAAUGAUGCUGCUUCAGUCUUUGUCAGCUUUACUAGCUCUGUUGGAACAUUCAUGGCUUCAGUUCUAGUUUUAUCUCUCUAAGCAUGUAUGAG